UGUUUCUAAAACAGAAACUCAACCCGAAAGCAAACAAGCCAAACCAAACCUAUGGAGGAAACACGAGAAUCCUGAUGUCAUAGAGCUGUUGGAAUAAGAGAGACGCCCGGGCGGCGUGCGACCGGCGCUGCAGCUUGAACGGCGCGAGUAGCGGCUGGAUGGCGUGCGGCGGAACCCUGCUACCCGCUGUCCUGGGCCUGGCUCUGCGGCUGCUGCUCGGCCUCGGAGUAGGCUUGGAGGCCGCUCCGACCUCAGCCCCGAGCCGGACGCUGGCCCAGCCCCCAGGCCCCCGCGCGGGCACCUGCUCACCCUCCAGCUUCCAGUGUCGCACCAGUGGCUUCUGCGUUCCCCUCUCCUGGCGGUGCGACGGCGACGCGGACUGCGGGGACGGCAGCGACGAGGAGGAGUGCAGGAUCCAGCCCUGUGCCCAGAACGGGCAGUGCCCUCCGCCUCCGGACCCCCCAUGCUUCUGCGACAGCAUCAGCGAUUGCCCUGGUGGCACUGAUAAGAACCUGCAGAACUGCAGCCACCGCCAGCCCUGCCCCACGGGCCAGCUGCCCUGCAGGACGGGGAACACCUGCGUCCCACACACGUGGCACUGCGACGGCCACCCGGACUGCCUGGACGCCAGUGAUGAGCUCGGCUGCGAAAUCAAAGAGAGGGUCCGGGAAGGGCGUGCCUCGACCGUGAGGACGCCUGUCGCUGUCACUCUGGAGGGCAUCGCCUCUCUCAGGAACUCCACAGCCUCCUCUGUUGGGGACCAGCGUGGAAACCCAAAUGGCUAUGGGGUCAUUGCAGCUGCUGGGUUACUGGGUGUCAGCCUGGCCGCCGUCACCCUGCUGGUGUUGUUCCACCUCCGAGCGCAAGGGUCCCUGUGCCCGCUGGGGCUGCGGGUGGCCGUGAAGGACUCCGUGGCACUCUCAGAGCGGAAGAGCUCGGUACUAUGAAGGUUGCCGUGCCUGUGGCCAGCUGUCACUGGGCCUGACUGCAGCCAGCCGGGGGCACAGCGGCAGGACACAUAGGCAGCUGCGGGCGCCCCGGCCCUCGGGAACCUCAGGCCCCAGCUCCUGCAAGUGUGGCCCCCAAGGCGGUGUCCCUGGCAGUCCCCGUGGACUCAGAGCGCGGGUGGGGAGGAGAGGGUGUCCCCGGGGAACACAAGGCCGGCCCGGGCGCAGGCGGCAUCGUCGUCAUGCGCUCAGACACUCCUGCCACCCUGGUCAGGUGGGCAUUAAAGUCCUGCGCAUCCUCUGC